GGCUGGGGUAUUGCUGUGAGAAGCAGCAUGGAGCUACCCAAGAAAGAAGGCAACCCAAAAAGGAGCCCUCAGGACCCACAGUGCAGCCUGGGAAGCACUUGUCCAAUCGGGGAGGACACCCUUGGGACCACUUAUGUAGGUUUGCAGUCCAACCUCGAGAAGAUUCUUCUGGGAACAGAUAAUUCAUCAAGAAGGAUUCCUCCAGACCCUGACCCCAACUCCUCAUCCUUACUCAUGUCCUCGGCUGCAUCCUUAUCCUCAGACAUGGGGCAGUCCCGGAAGUUACCCGGGGCAGGCACAAGUAAGAAGUACCCAUUGAUGAAGCAGCGUGGAUUCUACUCUGACAUUCUCAACCCUGAAGCCUUGGAUCAACUGGGGGACCUCUGUGGUGGCCCCAGCAUGCAGCAGAACCUCCUGUGGCAGUCUGAACUCGAAAACUUCACCCCAAAAGUCCUGACCUUUAAGCUUCCAGAGGACUUCCAGCAUCUCCUGGAGGAGCAGAGCAUCGGGUCCACCACCCAGCUGCUCACGCAGACGGACUUCCCGCUGCAGGCUUACGAGCCCAAGGUGCAGGUGCCCUUCCAGGUGCUGCCCGGCCAAUGUCCCCGCAAGAUUGAGAUUGAGAGGAGGAAGCGACAGUACCUGAGUCUGGACAUCGAGAAGUUGCUUAACCAAGAGGGCAUCGACUCUAACAAGCUCAUGCCCAGGCACCCAGACCCCCAGAACCCCCAGACUAUCGAACAGGGUCAAGACCCACUCUUCCCUAUCUACCUCCCACUGAAGGUGUUCGACAAUGAGGAGUUUGACUGCCGGACACCCCAGGAGUGGAUUAACUUGGGCUUGGAGCCAGGAUCUCAGGAAAGGAAGCCCGUCCCUGGAAAAGCUCUCUUGCCCACUGAUGACUUCCUGGGGCACGAGGACCCUAAGAAUAGAGACCUGAAGUACGAGUGGUGCAGUGUUGGCGUACUUGACUACAACGAGGAGACAAAGCUUUACCUGGUGCACAAGACGGAUGAGAAUGGCUUGGUGCGAGAUGAGACGGGGAGGCCCAUCCGGAAUGGAGGAGUCACCCCUGAAGGAAGGCCCCCUCUUCUGGCUUGCCAGUACUGGGUGCCCCGGAUCCAGCUCCUGUUCUGCGCCGAGGACCCUCGUGUGUUCGCGCAGCGCGUGGUGGAGGCGCACGCCCUGCGCAAGAACACAGAGGCGCUGCUGCUGUACAACCUUUACGUGGACUGCAUGCCCUCGGAGGACCAGCGCCUCAUCAGUGAGCAGAGCCUGAAAAACAUCAAGCAGUGGGCGAUGAGCACGCCCCGGAUGCGCAAAGGGCCCCAGGUCCUGGAGCACCUGAGCAGUCUCGCCAGAGAAGUGAGCCUGGACUACAAGCGCAGCAUGAACAAGAUCAACUUUGACCAGAUCGUCUCCUCCAAGCCUGACACCUUUUCCUAUGUGACCCUGCCCAAGAAGGAGGAGGAGAAAGUGCCUGAAAAAGGGCUGGUGUCUAUCCCAGAGUACCCCUUCCAAGAGCAGAAAGAGAGCUUCACCUUCGUGUCCCUGCUCACACGGCCAGAGGUCAUCACGGCCCUCAGCAAGGUGCGGGCCGAGUGCAACAAAGUGACUGCCAUGUCCCUGUUCCACUCCAGCCUCUCCAAGUACUGCCGCCUGGAGGAGUUUGAGCAGAUCCAGUCUCAGACCUUCUCCCAGGUUCAGAUGUUCCUCAAGGACACCUGGAUCAGCACGCUCAAGGUGGCCAUGCGCAGCAGCCUGCGGGACACGAGCAAGGGCUGGUACAACCUGUACGAGACGUGCUGGGAGGUGUACCUCAUGUCGAAGCUGCGCAAGCUGAUGGAGCUCAUCCGGUACACGCUGCAGGACACACUGCGCUUCCUGGUGCAGGACUCGCUGUCCAGCUUCUCACAGUUCAUCAGCGACGCCUGCUGCAGCGUGCUCGACUGCCCCCAGGACAUGGUCUGGGGCGAAGACUUGAUCAACAGCCCCUAUCGGCCCCGGAAGAACCCCCUGUUCAUCGUAGACCUGGUGCUGGACAGCUCAGGGGUGCACUACAGUACGCCGCUGGAGCAGUUCGAGACAGCACUGCUCAACCUGUUUGACAAGGGCAUCCUGGCCACGCACGCUGUGCCCCAGCUGGAAAAGAUGGUGAUGGAGGACCUCUUCAUCAGCGGCAACCCCCUGCUGGAGUCGGUAGGGCUGCAUGAACCGCUGGUGGAGGAGUUGCGCGCCGUCAUCGCCAACGCCAUUCGCAAGGCCAUAAUCCCACUGCAGGCCUAUGCCAAGGAAUACACAAAGUACCUGGAGCUGAACAACUGUGACAUCAACACCUUCCUCAAGUCCUACCAGACGCAGGCCCCGCUGGCAGGGGAAGUUCGGGAGGUGGUGCUCAGCUACCUCCGGGAGAAAGACAUCCUGGACAACUCGCUGCCCAGCAGCAUCGUCAUUGGACCCUUCUACAUCAAUGUCGAAAAUGUCAAGCAGAACCUGUCCAAGAAGCAAAAGGCCCUGGCCACUUCCAUGUUGGACAUCUUGGCCAAGAACCUGCACAAGGAGGUGGACGCUAUCAGUGAGGAUUUCCGCAGCAUCAGCCGCAAGAUCUACGAGAAGCCCAACAGCAUCGAGGAGCUGGCCGAGCUGCGCGAGUGGAUGAAGAGCAUCCCAGAGCAGCUGGUGGGGCUGGAGGAGCGGAUUGUGAAGGUCAUGGACGACUACCAGGUCAUGGAUGAAUUCUUUUACAACCUCAGCACAGAAGACUUCAAUGACAAGUGGGCAGCCAGCUACUGGCCGUCUAAGAUCCUCGGGCAGAUCGAGUUGGUGCGGCAGCAGCACAGUGAGGACGAGGAGAAGUUCCGCAAAAUCCAACUCAUGGAUCAGAACAACUUCCAGGAGAAGCUGGAAGGGCUACAGCUGGUGGUGGCUGGCUUCUCCACACAUGGGGAGAUUUCACGAGCCCACGAGAUCGCCAACGAGGUGCGCCGUGUGAAGAAGCAGCUGAAGGACAGCCAGCACCUGGCAGCUCUGUACAAUAACCGCGAGCGCAUCUUCGGAGCACCCAUCACCAACUAUGACAAGCUCACCCGGAUGGUGAAGGAGUUCCAGCCCUACCUGGACCUCUGGACCACAGCCUCUGACUGGCUGCGCUGGUCCGAGAGCUGGAUGAACGACCCGCUCUCGGCCAUCGACGCGGAGCAGCUGGAAAAGAACGUGGUGGAGUCCUUCAAGACCAUGCACAAGUGCGUGAAGCAGUUCAAGGACAUCCCAGCCUGCCAGGAGGUGGCCUUGGACAUCCGGGCCCGCAUCGAGGAGUUCAAGCCCUACAUCCCACUGAUCCAGGGGCUGCGGAACCCCGGCAUGCGGAACCGACACUGGGAGCUGCUGUCCAAUGAGAUCAAUAUCAACGUCAGGCCCAAGGCCAACCUGACCUUCGCCCGCUGCCUCGAAAUGAACCUGCAGGACCACAUUGAGAGCAUCAGCAAGGUGGCCGAAGUGGCCGGCAAGGAAUACGCCAUUGAGCAGGCUCUGGACAAGAUGGAGAAGGAGUGGUCAGUCAUCCAGUUCAACGUGCUACCCUACAAGGAGACAGGGACCUACAUCCUUAAGAGUCCAGACGAGGCCUCGCAGCUGCUCGAUGACCACAUCGUCAUGACCCAGAGCAUGUCCUUCUCACCCUAUAAGAAGCCCUUUGAGCAGCGCAUUAACUCCUGGGAGAACAAGCUGAAGCUGACCCAGGAGGUGCUAGAGGAGUGGCUGAACUGUCAGCGCUCCUGGCUCUACCUGGAGCCCAUCUUCAGCUCCGAGGACAUCAACCGGCAGCUGCCCAUGGAGAGCAAGCGCUACCAGACCAUGGAGCGCAUCUGGAGGAAGAUCAUGAAGAACGCCUACGAGAACCGGGAGGUGAUUAAUGUGUGUGCUGACCAGAGGCUGCUAGAGAGCCUUCGGGAUUGCAACAAGCUGCUGGACAUGGUGCAGAAGGGCCUCAGCGAGUACCUGGAGACCAAGCGCAGAUCCUUCCCCAGAUUCUACUUCCUGUCAGAUGAUGAACUCCUGGAAAUUUUGUCCCAGACGAAAGACCCCACGGCCGUGCAGCCCCAUCUGCGAAAGUGUUUCGAGAACAUUGCCCGGCUGCUGUUCCAGGAGGACCUGGAGAUCACACACAUGUACUCGGCCGAGGGUGAAGAGGUUAGGCUGUCCACAUCUGUCUACCCUACCAGCAAUGUGGAGGACUGGCUGCUGGAGGUGGAGCACAGCAUGAAGGCCAGCGUGAGGGACUUCAUUGAGAGGGCCAUCAAGGCCUACCCCACGAUGCUUAGGAGCGUGUGGGUUCUGAGCUGGCCUGGCCAAGUGACCAUCGCUGGGUGCCAGACCUACUGGACCAUGGAGGUGGCAGAGGCUCUGGAGACCGGUGACCUCAGCAGUCGUCUCUUUCCCAAGCUUGCCGAGCAGCUCAGUGACCUGGUUGCCCUGGUUCGGGGGAAGCUGUCCCACAUGCAACGUGCUGUGUUGUCUGCGCUCAUAGUCAUUGAGGUCCAUGCCAAGGAUGUGGUGAGCAAGCUGAUAGCCGAGGAGGUGGUCAGCGUGAACGACUUUGAGUGGAUCUCACAGUUGAGGUACUACUGGACAAAUGGUGACCUGUACAUCCGUGCCGUGAAUGCUGAGUUCAUCUACGGCUAUGAGUACCUGGGCAACAGUGGGCGGCUGGUGAUCACGCCCCUCACCGACAGGUGCUACUUGACCCUGACUGGGGCCCUGCACCUCAAGUUUGGGGGAGCACCAGCAGGCCCGGCUGGCACAGGGAAAACGGAGACCACCAAAGACUUGGGCAAGGCCUUGGCCAUUCAGACAGUCGUGUUCAAUUGCUCCGACCAGCUGGACUUCAUGGCCAUGGGCAAAUUCUUCAAGGGCUUGGCCAGCGCUGGGGCCUGGGCCUGCUUUGAUGAGUUCAAUCGCAUUGAUAUCGAGGUGCUGUCUGUGGUGGCGCAGCAGAUCACCACCAUCCAGAAGGCACAGCAACAGCGGGUGGAGCGCUUCAUGUUCGAAGGUGCCGAGAUUCCGCUGGUGCCAUCCUGUGCAGUGUUUAUUACCAUGAACCCGGGCUAUGCUGGCCGCACUGAGCUGCCCGACAACCUGAAGGCGCUCUUCCGGCCAGUGGCCAUGAUGGUUCCAGAUUACGCCAUGAUUGCAGAGAUCUCCCUCUACUCCUUUGGCUUCAACGAGGCCAACACGCUGGCCAAGAAAAUCACCACCACCUUCAAGUUGUCCUCCGAGCAGCUUAGUUCUCAGGAUCACUAUGACUUUGGGAUGAGAGCUGUGAAGACUGUGAUCUCGGCUGCUGGGAACCUUAAGCGAGAAAACCCCAACAUGGAUGAGGAGCUGAUCUGUCUCAGGGCCAUCCGUGAUGUCAAUGUUCCCAAGUUCCUGCAGGAGGACCUCAAGCUCUUCUCUGGGAUUGUGUCCGACCUGUUUCCCACCAUCAAGGAGGAGACCACAGACUAUGGCAUCCUGUACAAAGCCAUAUGCAAGGCCUGUGAGAAGAACGACCUCAAGGAUGUGGAGGGCUUUUUGACCAAGUGCAUUCAACUCUACGAGACCACGGUGGUGCGGCACGGUCUGAUGCUCGUCGGGCCCACGGGCUCCGGAAAGAGUAAAUGUUACAAAGUCCUGGCAGAUGCCAUGACGUCACUGAAAGGCCAGCCGUCCAUCAGUGGUGGUGUGUACGAGGCCGUCAGCUACUAUGUGCUCAACCCCAAGUCCAUCACGAUGGGCCAGCUCUACGGAGAGUUUGACCUGCUCACCCAUGAGUGGACAGAUGGGAUCUUUCCCUCCCUCAUCCGGAUGGGAGUCAUCGCGACCGACACCAACAAGAAGUGGUACAUGUUUGACGGGCCAGUGGACGCCGUCUGGAUUGAGAACAUGAACACGGUGCUGGACGACAACAAGAAGCUGUGCCUCAGCUCCGGGGAGAUCAUCAAGCUCACAGAGGCGAUGACCAUGAUGUUUGAGGUGCAGGACCUGGCAGUGGCCUCGCCGGCUACCGUGUCCCGCUGCGGCAUGGUGUACCUGGAGCCCAGCAUCCUGGGACUCAUGCCUUUUGUCCAUUGCUGGCUGAAGAAGCUCCCUCCCUUUCUGAAGCCCCACGAGGAGCACUUCAAGAGCCUCUUUGACAGGUUCCUCGAGGAAUCCAUCUCCUUUGUUCGGCUCUCCGUGAAGGAGGUGAUCACUUCGACCAACAGCAACCUGACCAUGAGCUUCCUCAAACUGCUUGAGUGCUUCUUCAAGCCCUUCCUGCCCAGAGAGGGUCACAAGAAAAUAGCCCCUGAAAAGCUGAAUCGCAUCCCGGAGCUGAUCGAGCCCUGGUUCUUCUUCUCCCUGGUCUGGAGCGUGGGAGCCACAGGGGACAGCGCAAGCCGCACUAGCUUCAGCCACUGGCUGAAGAAUAAGAUGAGCAUUCAAAAUCAACUGACCAUGCACUUCCCGGAAGAGGGGCUGGUGUACGAUUACAGACUGGACGACGCUGGCAUCAGCAACACCAAUGAAGACGAAGAAGAAGAGGAGGAGAGUAGUAGGAAACAGGUCACCUGGGUGAAGUGGAUGGACCACUCAACUCCGUUCACCAUGGUUCCCGACACCAACUACUGUGACAUCAUCGUGCCCACCAUGGACACAGUGCAGAUGUCCUACCUGCUGGGCAUGCUACUCACCAACCACAAGCCUGUGCUGUGCAUCGGGCCCACAGGUACAGGGAAGACCGUUACCAUCUCUGACAAGCUCCUCAAGAACCUGCCGCUGGAUUACAUCAGCCACUUCCUCACCUUCUCUGCCCGCACCUCGGCCAACCAGACCCAGGACCUCAUCGACAGCAAGCUGGACAAGAGGAGGAAGGGUGUGUUUGGGCCACCUCUGGGACGAAACUUCAUCUUCUUCAUUGAUGACCUGAAUAUGCCAGCCUUGGAGACGUACGGUGCCCAGCCGCCCAUCGAGCUGUUGCGCCAGUGGAUGGACCAUGGCGGCUGGUAUGACCGCAAGACCAUCGGAGCCUUCAAGCAUCUGGUGGACAUCAACUUUGUCGGUGCCAUGGGGCCCCCAGGUGGGGGCAGGAACCCCAUCACCCCACGACUGACUCGCCAUUUCAACUACCUGUCCUUCACCGAGAUGGACGAGGUCAGCAAGAAGCGCAUCUUCUCCACCAUCCUUAGCAGUUGGAUGAAUGGACUCCUUGGAGAAAAGAGUUACCGAGAGCCUGUGCCCGGAGCCCCCGACAUUGCCCACCUCACGGACUCUGUCGUGGAGGCCACCACCAUGGUGUACUCCACCAUCACCUCCCAGCUGCUGCCCACGCCAGCCAAGUCCCAUUACACCUUCAACCUCCGGGACCUGUCCAAGGUCUUCCAGGGCAUGCUCAUGGCUGAGGCGGCCAAGGUCGAGGACACGAUACAGCUGCUUCGCCUGUGGUACCACGAGAACUGCCGUGUGUUCCGUGAUCGGCUGGUGAACGACGAGGACCGCAAGUGGUUCGACCACCUCCUUGAGAAGCAAAUGGAGCGGUGGGAUGUGGCCUUCAACAUGGUCUGCCCUUUCCAGCCCAUCCUCUACGGGGACUUCAUGUCACCGGGCUCUGACAUCAAGUCCUACAAGCUCAUCAUCAGCGAGAAGAAGAUGAUGCAGGUGAUUGAGGAGUACAUGGAGGACUACAACCAGAUCAACACAGCCAAGCUGAAGCUCGUCCUCUUCAUGGACGCCAUGAGCCACAUCUGCCGCAUCAGCCGCACUCUGCGUCAGGCGCUGGGCAACGCGCUCCUGCUGGGCGUGGGCGGCAGCGGCCGCAGCUCCCUCACACGCCUGGCCUCGCACAUGGCUGAGUACGAGUGCUUCCAGAUUGAGCUGUCCAAGAACUACGGCAUCACCGAAUGGCGUGACGACGUCAAGAAGGUCCUACUCAAGGCUGGCCAGCAGAGUCUGCCCAUCACCUUCUUGUUCUCCGACACCCAGAUCAAGAGCGAGUCCUUUCUGGAGGACAUCAACAACAUCCUGAACUCCGGCGACAUUCCUAACCUGUACUCCGUGGAUGAGCAGGACCAGAUCCUCAACACCAUGCGGCCGCUUGUCCAGGAGCAGGGCCUGCAGCCCACCAAGGCCAAUCUCAUGGCUGCCUAUACCCGGCGUGUGCGCAGUAACAUCCACAUGGUGCUAUGUAUGAGCCCCAUUGGAGAAGUCUUCCGAGCUCGGCUGAGGCAGUUCCCCUCCUUGGUCAACUGCUGUACCAUUGACUGGUUUAGCGCGUGGCCGGCAGAGGCACUCGAGUCUGUGGCCAACACAUUCCUGAACGAGAUCCCAGAACUGGAGGCCAGUAAAGAAGUGAUAAAUGGACUGAUUCAGGUAUGUGUGAGUAUCCACCAGUCAGUGGCCAUCAAGUGUACUGAAUACCUCGCCGAACUGUCCCGUCACAACUACGUGACCCCCAAGAGCUACCUGGAGCUGCUCAAUAUUUUCUCCAUCCUCAUCGGGCAGAAGAAGCAGGAGCUGAAAACCGCCAAGGACCGCAUGAAGAGUGGCCUCGACAAGCUGCUGCGCACGGCUGAGGACGUGGCCAAGAUGCAAGAGGACCUAGAGAUCAUGCGCCCCCUGCUGGAAGAGGCUGCCAAGGACACCAUGCUCACCAUGGAGCAGAUCAAGGCGGACACAACCAUUGCUGAAGAGACCCGGAACUCAGUGCAGGCAGAGGAGACCAAAGCCAACGAGAAGGCCAGGAAGGCCCACGCCAUUGCUGAUGAUGCCCAGAAGGAUCUGGAUGAGGCGCUGCCAGCCCUGGAUGCUGCCCUGGCCAGCCUACGGAACCUCAACAAGAAUGACGUGACUGAGGUGCGUGCCAUGCAGCGCCCGCCCCCGGGCGUGAAGCUGGUCAUAGAAGCCGUGUGCAUCAUGAAGGGCAUCAAGCCCAAGAAGGUGCCUGGAGAGAAGCCAGGCUCCAAGGUGGAUGACUACUGGGAACCAGGCAAGGGGUUGCUGCAGGACCCUGGCCGGUUCCUCGAGAGCCUCUUCAAGUACGACAAGGACAACAUUGGGGAGGUGGUGAUCAAAGCCAUCCAGCCCUACAUUGAUAAUGAAGAGUUCCAGCCAGCCGCCAUUGCCAAGGUGUCCAAGGCCUGCACCUCCAUCUGCCAGUGGGUGCGCGCCAUGCACAAGUACCACUUCAUGGCCAAGGCCGUGGAGCCCAAGCGGCAAGCCCUGCGUGAGGCCCAGGAUGACCUGGAGGUGACCCAGAAGAUCCUGGAGGAGGCAAAGAAGCAGCUGCGUGAAGUGGAGGACGGCAUCGCCAUCCUGCAGGCCAAGUACCGCGAGUGCAUCACCAAGAAGGAGGAUCUGGAGAUGAAGUGUGAGCAGUGUGAACAGCGGCUGGGCCGGGCCGACAAGCUUAUCAACGGGCUGUCAGAUGAGAAGGAGCGCUGGCAGGAGACUGUGGAGCACCUGGAGCACAUGCUGGACAACAUCUCCGGGGACAUGCUGGUGGCUGCUGGCUACGUGGCCUACCUGGGCCCCUUUACGGGCCAGUAUCGCACCACCCUGUACGACUACUGGGUCAAUCAGCUGAAGACACAUCAGGUCCCCCACACGGCUGAGCCCACGCUGAUCGGGACGCUGGGGAACCCCGUCAAGAUCCGCUCGUGGCAGAUCGCUGGCCUCCCCAACGACAUGCUGUCUGUUGAGAACGGGGUCAUCACCCAGUACUCUCAGCGCUGGACCCACUUCAUUGACCCUCAGGGCCAGGCCAACAAGUGGAUCAAGAAUAUGGAGAAAGAGAAUGGACUGGAUGUGUUCAAGCUGAGCGAUCGUGACUUCCUACGCAGCCUGGAGAACGCCAUCCGCUUUGGCAAGCCCUGUCUUCUGGAGAACGUGGGCGAGGAGCUGGACCCGGCCCUGGAGCCCGUGCUGCUCAAGCAGACGUACAAGCAGCAGGGGAACACGGUGCUGAAGCUGGGGGAUACAGUGAUCCCCUACCACGAGGACUUCAAGAUGUACAUUACCACCAAGCUUCCGAACCCACACUACACGCCUGAAAUUGCCACCAAGCUCACCCUCAUCAACUUCACCCUGUCGCCCAGCGGCCUGGAGGACCAGCUUCUGGGCCAGGUAGUGGCUGAGGAGCGGCCUGACCUGGAGGAGGCCAAGAACCAGCUGAUUGUCAGCAAUGCCAAGAUGCGCCAGGAGCUGAAGGACAUCGAGGACCAGAUCCUGUACCGCCUCAGCUCCUCCGAGGGCAACCCCGUGGACGACAUGGAGCUCAUCAAGGUGCUGGAGGCUUCCAAGAUGAAGGCCGCAGAAAUCCAGGCCAAGGUCAGGAUUGCAGAGCAGACAGAGAAGGACAUUGACCUCACGCGCAUGGAGUACAUCCCUGUGGCUGUGCGCACCCAGAUCCUCUUCUUCUGCGUUUCUGACUUGGCCAACGUGGACCCCAUGUACCAGUACUCCCUCGAGUGGUUCCUCAACAUCUUCCUCUCAGGCAUCGCCAACUCCGAGAGGGCAGACAACCUGAAGAAGCGCAUCGCCAACAUCAACCGCUACCUCACCUACAGCCUCUACAGCAACGUCUGCCGCAGCCUCUUCGAGAAGCACAAGCUGAUGUUUGCCUUCCUGCUUUGUGUCCGCAUCAUGAUGAACGAGGGCAAGAUUGACCAGGGCGAGUGGCGCUACCUUCUGUCAGGUGGCACCAUUGAUAUUGUGACCGAGAACCCUGCUGUGGACUGGCUGUCUGACCGGGCCUGGCGAGACAUCUUGGCACUGUCGAACCUGUCAGCCUUUUCUUCCUUUUCCUCUGACUUCGUGGAGUUCCUCCCAGAAUUCCGUGACAUCUUUGACAGCCUCGAGCCUCAUCGGAAGCCCUUGCCUGGCAUCUGGGAUGAGUACCUGGACCAGUUCCAGAAGCUGCUGGUUCUCCGCUGUCUGCGUGGGGACAAGGUCACCAACGCCAUGCAGGAUUUUGUGGCCAGCAACUUGGAGCCUCGCUUCAUUGAGCCACAGACAGCCAACCUAUCAGUGGUGUUCAAAGACUCCAACUCUACCACGCCCCUCAUCUUUGUGCUGUCUCCUGGCACCGACCCGGCUGCUGACCUCUACAAAUUUGCCGAAGAGAUGAAGUUCUCCAAGAAGCUUUCUGCCAUAUCCCUGGGCCAGGGGCAGGGCCCCCGGGCAGAAGCCAUGAUGCGCAGCUCUAUAGAGAGGGGCAAGUGGGUGUUCUUCCAGAACUGCCACUUGGCGCCGAGCUGGAUGCCAGCCCUGGAGCGCCUCAUCGAGCAUAUCAACCCUGACAAGGUGCACCGGGACUUCCGCCUCUGGCUCACCAGCCUGCCCAGCAACAAGUUCCCAGUGUCCAUCCUGCAGAACGGCUCCAAGAUGACCAUCGAGCCACCUCGUGGAGUCAAGGCCAAUCUGCUCAAGUCCUACAACAGCCUCAGCGAAGACUUCCUCAACUCCUGCCAGAAGGUGACGGAGUUCAAGUCCCUGCUGCUGUCGCUGUGCCUGUUCCACGGGAACGCACUGGAACGCCGUAAGUUCGGUCCCCUGGGCUUCAACAUCCCCUACGAGUUCACCGACGGAGACCUGCGCAUCUGCAUCAGCCAGCUCAAGAUGUUCCUGGAUGAGUACGAGGAGAUCCCCUACAAGGUCCUCAAGUACACAGCAGGGGAGAUCAACUAUGGGGGCCGCGUCACUGAUGACUGGGACCGCCGCUGCAUCAUGAACAUCCUGGAGGACUUCUACAACCCGGACGUGCUGUCUCCUGAGCACAGCUACAGUGCCUCGGGCAUCUACCACCAGAUCCAGCCCACCUAUGACCUCAACGGCUACCUCUCCUACAUCAAGAGCCUCCCACUCAAUGAUAUCCCUGAGAUCUUCGGCCUGCACGACAACGCCAACAUUACCUUUGCCCAGAAUGAGACUUAUGCCCUCCUGAGCUCCAUUGUCCAGCUGCAACCCAAGUCAUCCUCUGUGGGUGGCCAAGGUCGGGAGGAGAUAGUAGAGGAUGUGGCUCAGGGCAUCCUAUUCAAGGUGCCUGAACCUAUCAAUGUGAAGUGGGUGACGACCAGGUACCCGGUGCUGUACGAGGAGUCAAUGAACACAGUGCUAAUACAAGAGGUCAUUAGGUACAACCGGCUGCUGCAGGUGAUCACAGAGACACUGCGAGACCUGCUCAAGGCACUCAAGGGGCUGGUGGUGAUGUCUUCAAAUCUGGAGUUGAUGGCCACCAGCCUGUACAACAAUACCGUGCCUGAACUCUGGUCAGCCAAGGCCUACCCAUCCCUCAAGCCUCUGUCCUCGUGGGUCAUGGACCUUCUACAACGCCUGGACUUCCUGCUGACCUGGAUCCACGAUGGCAUCCCAGCUGUCUUCUGGAUCAGUGGGUUCUUCUUUCCCCAGGCGUUCCUGACAGGCACCCUGCAGAACUUUGCCCGCAAGUCCGUCAUCUCCAUUGACACCAUCUCCUUUGACUUCAAGGUGAUGUCCGAGACACCGUCAGCAAUCCAGGAGAGGCCUCAAGAGGGGUGCUACAUCCACGGACUGUUCCUGGAAGGUGCCCGCUGGGACCCAGUGGACUUCCAGCUGGCCGAGUCUCGGCCCAAAGAGCUCUACACAGAGAUGGCUGUUAUCUGGCUCCUGCCAGUGUCCAACCGCAAGGUCCAGGAUGAGAACUUCUACUUGUGCCCCAUCUACAAGACGCUGACUCGGGCCGGAACCCUAUCCACCACAGGCCACUCUACCAAUUAUGUCAUCGCCGUGGAGAUCCCCACCACGCUGUCCCAACGACACUGGAUCAAGCGUGGUGUGGCUCUCAUCUGCGCCCUGGACUACUAG